AUGUGGAUGGAGAACCAGAUGGCCGAGUCCCAGCAGUGGUUUCCCUUCGAGCAUUUCUUCGACAUCGAAGCCUUAGAGGCGCGCUUCGAUGUUAUCCGUCUCGAAGACUUUCUGUCACGGGAGGACUUAGCUCACCCAGGUGGGCAGAAGCUGUGGUACUACUUCUACCCACCCUACUUGAUCGAGAAGGCGCCGUAUGCAUUUCGCGGCAUCCACUUCAAGCGGUACAUGAACUUGUCUUUUGCCACGGCGAAGCGCAUGUCGCCGUUUCAGGAGGUCCGCAUGGCCGCGUCUGGGCGGGGGUCGGUACCCUUCGCCCCCAAGGAAGGGCGGAGCUACUGGAUGGCAGCCCGGCUACUUCUGGCAAAGUUCAGGGCUCGAAGUUCGUCUCUGCACGCGCGGGAGGCGAGCUUCUUCUCCUGGCUUGCCGGUGACUCCUUAGAAGGAGAAGAAGCCGCUCUGGUGUCGCAGCUGUCGGACGAGGUAGAACAGAUGAAGACUUCCUUGGCGUCCCUGGAUUUGGGCCCCGAUGUGCAGCCGGUGGAGGAUGUGGAAGCCUCGGCUGCCGCAGUCCGCCGCUCCGUUGCCGCUCCGGUGACGGAUGCGGAUGUCCUUGUCUUCGACUUCGCACCCUCCUACAACUUCAACUUUGACAGGUUCCACUUCGACUGGGAGCUCCGGCGCAACCGCCGUGCGCUUCGCUUCCAUCCGCGAUGGCAAGCUACAGCCCAGGAGGUGAGGGAGGCGAUCUUCGGUGAUCAGGAGUAUGUCUCGCUUCAUCUGCGUCGAGAUGGCUAUGAGCACUUCUGCAAGGACGAGGGGAGUCGGCUGGCGCAGGGCAGGGGCCGCAAGCGCUUCGGCUUCGACGCCUCCGCUGCCGUUUGCCACCCGAGUUUGGAGGAACUCCUGGACUCCUUGCACUUGGCGGACCUGAGCCCAACUCGGCCCAUGUUUCUGGCGACGAACAGCCGAAACUCCUCGGAGAUAAAGAGGCUCUCCGAGAUGGUCUCGCAUCGCUUCGGCGCUGCCACACGGAGACUCCAGGAUUUCGAGAGUUUUGCUGCCAUCCCGCUGGAGGCACAUCCCGUGGUAGAGCUGCUGGUGGCGGCCUCUGCAUCGACUUUUGUAGGAAAUGCCAUCAGCACUUUCUCCAUGAACAUACUCAUGGAGCGAGAUCUAGUCGGCAAAGCUCGGAGCACCACCAUCUUCCCGGGCUUGGGCAACGCGACGCGCUGGGCCAAGGCAUAG